UUUUCAAUUGCUCGUAUAAGUCAGGUUAUCUAAUCCUUUCGUGCAAAGAUCAUCAAACUUCGGAAUGGUUGAAGAAAGUGGUUCCCGGGAUAAUCCUAGACGACAACAUCAAACUGGUUGCUCUAGACGCCCAAAAUAUUCCGCGUCCAGAAAUUCUCCAUGCCUUUUUCCCACAAAGCGCAACAUUCAGCGACGAGAGACUCAAAAGCCUCAUUGAGAGUCAAAAUGAAAAUCUCUCCACCGAUAAAUGGCGAAUACUAAAGAGAUCCAAUCCCAACGAAACUCACGCGGACUGGACGCUAACAGUCGACGAAGCUUCGAUGCGUCAACUAACUAGCACAAACUUCAACAUAAACUUCCGAUUUAGCGAAACUAAGCUGAGGAAAACAAAUCCAAAGCAGCGCCAAGUCAUAAUCCAUAAAAGCUCCGGUGUAUUCAAAGGAGAUCUGGGGCCAAAAAACGGGGAACCUAAAAAUUACAAAAACCCAGGAAACCUGAAGUCUUCAGAGACUAGUGACUCCAAAAUAGUGGAACCACAAAAUGCUCAAGAAGUCUUCAGAAGGGUUUCUGGCAAACCAAAGCGCCCUCGUGAAGCUUCUCCGAAAAACAAGAAGCUUGGCAUCCUGAGUAUUCCCGGCCCAAGCGGUACAAACUCAACGGUUAUCGCAAACAGGUUAGGAACCUCGAUUGUGCCAAGUAAAAAAGGUGAGUUUCUUCAAACCCAUCCCAGAUCCAAAACGAAUACGGAAGCUGGAACAAGCAAAAAAACAUGACCUGAUUUUCAAAAAAGCAGAUGGUACUCCGAUCCUCCCAAAUGAACCACCAGAUCGGAUAACCCAACCUAAUGCAGAACACUAAAGUUCUGCAAAUAAACCUCCACCACGCCAAAGCAGUGUCGAGCGUGCUAUCCAGGAGGUUUACAAAAGACGCUGUGGAUCUAGCUCUUAUACAAGAGCCUUGGGUUCACAAAGGAAGAAUACUAGGUAUUCAAACAGGUUCAUGUAAGUUGUUCUAUGAUGACAAGCAUGACUCCCCAAGAGCUGCUGUCUUAGUAAAUGCAAACAUUAAAUGCUUUCCUAUUACAGAGUUCAUUCAAAGGGACAUCGUCGCGAUCAGAGUGGAAGUUCCUACCGCCAAAGGAAGGGGAAGGCUUACUUUUCAGGCGAUGUUCCUGAGGUUCCUCCACAAGAGGUAGCGGCGUUUGUAAACUACUGCAGGGAAAUUAACAAGGACUUCAUUAUCGGAUGUGAUGCCAACGCUCAUCACACCAUGUGGGCAAGUACGGAUAUUAACUACCGAGCCCAUGUUUUGUCAUCCCGGUUUAUUACAUUAAAUGAGCCUAAAAAUAACAGAAAAUGGCUCUCAAAUGAAUCUCAAAUACUGGAAGACACUUCCCAACUUCAUUUUAUAAUGAGGUGAGACACUUGCUAUACAUAAGCUGAUUGACGGAACCCAAGUUGAGCUCAUGCAACGAACAUCGUGGAUAAAUGUGUUGUCACAUGUUAUGAAGCCAUCAACAGGUGAACGGACUUUAGAAACGGAGAAACUGAACGAUCAAGGCGCUGCCUGAAUUACUCCAAGAAUCAUCACACCAAUUCCAUCAUCCCGUAGAAGUCGAUACUAUCAUUUAUCGAUUUUUGAUUAGAUACAUUAAAUACAUUAGAAACAAUGCUAGGAAGUCAUACCGAUAAUAACAAAAAAUUAGAAGGUAGAAUGGUGGAUCGGUAGAUAAAAAUGUGACUUUUGAAGUGGGACUACGUCUAACCGGAGUAUAUGGGGGUGAAAUGAAAACUUAAACACAGAAUAUGCAGGAAAAAAUGAAAGAUUCCG